AUGCAGGCUCAAGUCAGCGUUACCAUAACAACCACCGCCAAUCGGAUUCUUCUGCCACCGAAACAAUUGCUCACGAUUCCUUCCUUAGAGUGGUACAAGAUUCCCGGAUAUGACUCUGUCUCGCCCAGGGAGUAAUAAGCUAGGGCGUUGAAACGAGCGGGGUCGAGCGAUCUAGCUGUGAUGCAAGGGUCUGGGCACUACCAAAGAGACAAAACAAGAUGGCGGACAUUAUACUAGACCGUCAGAGAGAUUAUCUAGCGAACGUUGGCCAUUAUCCCGUGGCAUUAUCAUUUACUGCGAGCAAUAGAGAGGGAACAAAUUAUUUUUCUCUCCCGUUCGUUUUCUGUUUUGUUCAAUUUUUCCCCCGCGAACAAAUAUCUGUAUUGAAUAUAGUUCCACCUCAGUGACCGGUAUUAAAAUUUCAUGACUUAGUAAGAAAAUGGCAUCACAACUCAGAUGAUAGCACUGACAUCAUUUUUAGACUAAUAUUAUCGGUUCUCUACUUCAGUUUAAUAUCAAGUUGUGUAAUUCAUCAUCUGCUAUUGCAUUUAUUUUUUGCUGCCCAGUUUGAAGGCCAGAUGAUCUGUUUUCACUAUUAAAGUUUGGAUUUGUCGGUGUACAUCAGUAUUCUUCUCUAAACACCUUAUUGGGCUAUCUCCAAUAUUGAGCAUUACAGUUGGACAGAUUGUGAAAACUUAAGUCCGGGUAAAUUUAAAACAUAAUAAAAUCAUCAUUAUUUUUUAUCUUGUACACUAAUACUACUUUGCAAUGAAGAAUAAGUAUAUAAAUAUAAUUCACUGCCCUUGAAAAACUAACAGAGGUCGCAAGAACACAAAUAAGUAGCCCAGCAAAUAUUUUUGUUUGAUAAUAACAGCUUUUUGUAAUGAAAUGGUCACUGAAAACUACCCAUGCAAGACAUACUAAGGAACUUAAAAGAAUCUAAACAUUCACAAGUCUUACAUCGAAACCAGACAUUGCUAUAUAUAUCAUACAGACACAACAUGAAACAAUUAUAUAACAUACAAAUUCAAAAGUAUAUUGCAAACAAGAAAAUUAUACAGAAUUAUGCACAAAUGAAAUACAAAUGGCCUGUAACAGCUAUUAAACCAUUGAAAAACAAACUUUUUAGUGUGACCAGCAACCCUAGCACACUUGUAUACUUCAUGUCCAGUAUGAUUCAAUUUCAUUCUUGGUUAAAUUUAUUACAUUUAUUAACUGCAGCCAGGCUUAAUCAAGACUUGAUUAAAAAAAUUCUUUCCUGUUUCCUUGUCUAUAAUAUAUAAAAAUUACGAGAGAGGAUAUAAUGCUAGAAAUAUUAUACAGUAGUACAAUCAAAAGAUAAGGCACCUCCAGGAAAUCGAGUUGGUCCCUACUAUUCUUCAGUCAUUUUCUUUUACUCUCUAUAAGGGCGCUUUCCAAAAGUCAGAACUGGCCAGCCUGACCAUGGUCAGACCAGACAUUUUGGCAAUGAAAUAGGCUUUUUCCAAGAGGUUUUGUUGAAAAACCAUCCCCUUUGUGCAUGAUAUUUAGGAUUUGACAGAUCUGGAUAGUUAGUUUUGAUUAACAAUGAAAUUCCCAUAUUUAUGAUGGGAAUGGGCUCGCGGGGCAGUUCUGACAAUUGGAAAGCUCCCUAAGUGUUACAUCUGUCCAUUAAUACAGUCAUUUUGUGCCAGUCCCAACAGUUUCCAUCUGAGAGCUGACUGUAGUUUGUGCAACACCACACCUAAACCUAUGACGACAAAAAAACAAUGUUAUACAGCAGUCUUAAUUUAUUCUACUUACAAUCAAAUUAAGACCUCUUCGUGUUCUUCUUCAUAUUCACGGUAUUAUGAACUCGUUCAUCUUUCAGUGUGUGUUCUAGUAGUCUUUUCAGGCCGGGCACUCACUGUUGUUCUGCAAAAAAUCAUUAUAAUAAUAAAUAAACACAUUCUAUGAUUUAAUUUUACAGUGGAAUCUUCGUGGGGAUUUGAAAGCAAAUUUCUCCAUAGGCUUCAUUCUGUUUCUGUGCAAUACAACCUUCAGAUUUAUACCGCAGUGAAGCAGAAUUUGUUGUUGUUUAUGUAAAGACUGUAACGCGAGAUCAUUCGAAUGCAAUUUUCUAGUAGAACUUUAAAAAUAAUCAGAACCUUCUUGGAUCGCGGGUCUGUAACUAAAAAAUAAUAUUUACCACCCUAGUGUAUAUUAAAAAAAGAAAAAUCGCUAAAUUGGGCAACUGAAAUCUUUUAUUUUACUAACAAGCUAAACGCGCUAACGCCAACGUACAAAACAAAAACCUUGCUAUCGCCAUUAUAUGAAGUCGUCACUUCAGAAGUAAAAAAACCUUAAAGGUUCAUAAAAGUUCACUCUAAAAAUUUGCAUGCACAAACAAAAUUUAUAAAACCAUUACAUAUUUUUUUUGUAGCCGUUUAUUAUCAUUUGGUUUUGACUGGCAAGAUAAAACGCGACCGUCAACCUGUAUUAUUUGAUAGGCCAUUUUGACACUACAUAAACAUAAAGGGCGAAAAAACACCUUAACUUAUAAGACUAACUAUAAAAUAUCACCUAAAUAUCUUCUGUAUAUCGCAUAGAAAUACGCCAAAUAUCAAAUCUAAUUAUAGAUUGCCGCGAUUUCAAGAUAUAAAGCAAUGAAUCCGAACCUACCGUCAGCGAAACGGCGCCAUUUUUCUUGCCCUUACAGCACAUCGAGAGCGGAAAGCAAACUAGUUCCAGUUCUACUCCGCAUCACAGCUGAACCAGAGAGCGCGUAUGUGCGUUUCAACGCCCUAGCUUAUUACGCCCUGGUCUCGCCAGAGCUGAUCUUGUCAGUUCUGUCGACUCCCAAUUGGAUAUCUUCAGAUCAGGAAUUACUCUUGUGGUACGGUGAGGACUUGGUGAAUUUUAGCGAAAAGACGACAAUGGAGGAACAGUAUGUGUUAAUGUGUAUGCUCUCUUUG